AUGACAGCAACUAUGUUAGUGGCGUAUCACGUUUUCGAUCUCGCUCGCCCUGGCAUCGCAACCCCGCGGACAUCGCAUUUAGGCCCUAUCGCCUUCCGCGUUCCACACGCUUCCCCCCACCGUCUCUCACACACUCCCCCACGCACACCCACGCUUCCCCUCACCGUCGCCCGAGCUCUUCCUCACCGUCGCCCGAGCUCUUCCUCACCGUCGCCCGAGCUCUUCCUCACCGUCGCCCGAGCUCUUCCUCACCGUCGCCCGAGCUCUUCCUCACCGUCGCCCGAGCUCUUCCUCACCGUCGCCCGAGCUCUUCCCCACCACCGCUCACGCUUCCCCUUACCGCCGCUCACGCUUCCUCCUGCCUUCACCAACGCUUCCCCACAUCGUCGCUCACCCCUUCCUUCCCCCACCUUCCCUCACGCUUCCCCGCUCAUCGCCUACGGUUCCUCCCACCGUCACUCACGCUUCCCCCCACCGUCGCUCACGCUUCCCCCCACCGUCGCUCACGCUUCCCCCCACCGUCGCUCACGCUUCCCCCCACCGUCGCCCACGCUUUCCCCCAACGUCGCCCACGCUUCCCCCCACAUCGCCCACGCUUCCCCCCACCGUCGCCCACGCUUCCCCCCACCGUCGCCCACGCUUCCCCUCUCAUCGUCCUCCCUGUCGCCUGGAAAUGAGCCUCCCCGCCGACCUCCCUUCUCUCCCACCUCUCUCCACGUCGUCAUCAGUUCCCUGCCUAUCACGUUCCACCUCUUCAUCACCAUUGCUUCUCCACCCACGCCGCCCACCCUCUCAUCCGUCUCGAGCGCUGGGGAUGGGGUCGUGACUCGAUCGCGGUGGGAUGUCACAGGGUGCAUCAGCAGCACCCACCCUUCUCUCUCUUGCACCAACCCCGCACGCAUGGCAGGUGCUGCUGCGGCUUUGGAGCAGAGCGCUGGGCGCACAGCCGGGGCAGCGCGUGCAGUCGGGCAGCAAGGAGCGCAGUGCUUCAGAUGA